UUGUCUUGCCCUGAUCUUGCAGCGGUGCUCCGGCCGGGCGUCGGGAAGACGGGAUCGUGAGCUGGGAACUGCGGGAAAGAGGAGCAGGAGCAGGAGUGAACUGGAGGGUCACCCUGGCAGGAAAUCACUGCCGCUCCGUGCCUCCAAACCGCUGCAAAUCACGGAUAAGCCUACAUAGUUACCUCCAGACAAGGAGGGUGGGAGUGCAAUUUCUGCAGGCUCGACGUGGAAAAGUUGGGAUUCGUGCGUGUUCUUUUAAUCAAAGUGGAAAGUAGAUUAAUUAUCAUGCUCCAUUUACGUGGUGCAAAUCGUGGAUGCUUCGUGCCUCGGAUUUUUUUUUCCUCCGCUCCCCGUCUCAAGCCAGUUAUUACGCUCGAGUUGUCAUUGUUGUUUAUAAUGAAUUAUGGAUGGGCUCUCCAGCGUGCCCCGUUGCCGUGAAUCGGCGGUUUCCUCAGCGGCGGAGUGCGGGAGCGGGUGUGUGUGUGUGUGGCCGGGAGAGGCUGCACACUGCGCCCGCCAGACCUGUGGGGGUGGGGGCGAUGGGCGCCGGCGAUUCGCCGUCCUUGCACGUUGCUUUUCUAACCCUGGACACUUGUCCGAGGUCCGUACAGCAUGACGCUGCAGUUGAGUAACGGGAUGAUGCGAGUCUCCGGAUUAUGGAAAGAAGCCUUUGCGCAGAGGCGACCUGGUGAUAAUCGCAGUUCGCACGGACCUGGAUGUAUAGCACACGGCAUCCUAAAAUAACAAAAUACUGGCGACGUUCUCUUGACUGAUGGCGACUCCUUGAUUAAUCGCACUGCCCUGACAGCUUGCGAGGCGUCUGCCAGGCGGCUCAAGUUGACACAAUCAUGGCUCAGUUUCCAACACCUUUCGGAGGGGGCCUGGAUUUCUGGGCCAUCACCGUGGAGGAGCGGGCCAAACACGACCAGCAGUUCCACAGCUUAAAACCCACUGCAGGGUUCAUCACCGGUGAUCAGGCUAGGAAUUUCUUUCUUCAGUCUGGACUGCCCCCUCCCAUUCUUGCACAGAUAUGGGCGCUGGCCGACUUGAACAACGACGGCAAGAUGGACUUGCAUGAGUUCUCCAUCGCCAUGAAGCUCAUCAAGCUGAAGCUGCAGGGCCACCCGCUCCCCCCCUCGCUGCCCCCCGUCAUGAAGCAGCCCCCCUGCACGGCCCCCACGGCCCCGGCCUUCGGAAUGGGCGGCAUGGCUGGCAUGCCGGGGAUACCGGGAGUUGCUCCAGUGCCAAUGGCUCCCCUGCCAGUGGUAGGAAUGUCGCCCCCUGUGGUGACACCAGUUCCUGCACCUGUACCCCCAAUGGCCAAUGGAGCUCCGCCCAUGAUUCAGCCUCUGCCUGGCUUCGCCCAUUCAGCUGCAACCCUCAGCAAAGGCUCCUCUUUCAGCCGCUCCAGCACAAAACUUCAAAAGGCGCAGUCGUUCGAUGUUCCAAAUGCGCCAGCUGCCUCCGUGCCCCAGGACUGGGCCGUCCCCCAGUCUUCCCGGCUGAAGUACAGGCAGCUUUUCAACAGCCAUGACAAAAUGAUGAGCGGACAUUUAACAGGCCCUCAGGCAAGAACCAUCCUGAUGCAGUCAAGUUUACCACAAGCUCAAUUAGCAUCUAUAUGGAACCUGUCGGACAUCGAUCAGGAUGGCAAACUGACGGCGGAGGAGUUCAUCCUGGCCAUGCACCUGAUAGACAUGGCCAUGUCGGGCCAGCCGCUGCCCCCAGUGCUGCCCCCAGACUUCAUCCCCCCGGCCUUCAGAAGAGUGCGCUCGGGGAGUGGCAUCUCCACCGCAAGCCUACAUUUAGCUGACCAGAGGGUCCAGGAGGAGCCUGCAGAGGAGGAGCAGCAGGCCCCGGAGAAAAGGCUGCCAGUGACGUUCGAGGACAAGAAGCGGGAGAACUUCGAGCGGGGGAACCUGGAGCUGGAGAAGCGGCGCCAGGCCCUGCUGGAGCAGCAGCGCAAGGAGCAGGAGCGGCUGGCGGCCCUGGAGCGGCAGGAGCAGGAGCGGCGCGAGCGCGAGCGGCUGGAGCAGGAGCGCCGGCGGCAGCAGGAGCUGGAGAAGCAGCUGGAGAAGCAGCGGGAGCUGGAGCGGCAGCGGGAGGAGGAGCGCCGCAAGGAGAUCGAGAGGAGAGAGGCGGCGAAACGGGAGCUGGAGAGGCAGCGCCAGCUCGAGUGGGAGAGGAAUCGGCGCCAGGAGCUGCUCAAUCAGAGGAACAAGGAGCAGGAGAACAUCGUGGUCCUGAAAGCCAGGAAGAAGACGCUGGAGUUCGAGCUGGAGGCUCUUAACGACAAGAAGCACCAGCUGGAAGGGAAGCUGCAGGACAUCCGGUUCCGCCUGUCGGCCCAGCGGCACGAGAUCGAGAGCACGAACAAGACGCGGGAGCUGAGGAUUGCGGAGAUCACGCAUCUUCAGCAGCAGCUGCAGGAAUCUCAGCAGUUGCUUGGAAGUCUGAUCCCAGAAAAGCAGUCCCUAAAUGACCAAUUAAAACAGGUGCAGCAAAACAGUUUGCACAGAGAUUCCCUCCUGACCGUCAGGAAGGCCCUGGAAGCCAAGGAGAGCAAGCGACAGCAGCUGAGAGACCAGCUGGAUGUGGUGGAGAAGGAGACCCGGUCCAAGCUGCUGGAGAUCGACGUCUUCAACAAUCAGCUCAAGGAGCUCCGCGAGAUCCACAGCAGGCAGCAGUGGCAGAAGCAGAAGGAGGUGGAAGUGGAGGAGAAGGAACAGAAGGAGGUGGAGCUGGAGCGCAAGACCGCAGAACUGAAGGAGGACCGACACAGGCGGGUGCCGGAGGAGGAUGGGGUCUCGGCGGCCUGGAGUGAGCAGCGAGACGAGCCGGGCGGCGAGCCCCCCCCUGCGGCGCCGGCGCAGCAGCAGUGGAUGAAGAGGGUGCAGGACGAUGACGGCAGGGGCCGGAAGGAGAUGCAGGACAAGCUGAACAAGAUCUUCAUGCAGCAGCCUGAGCCAGGACAGCUGCCGAUCCAAGCAGCCUGGCCCCCCACGGAGAAGUCUCCUGUGACGGGCUUUGACCAGGACAACGUGAAGGUGGUGUUCUACAGAGCUCUGUACCCGUUUGACGCACGGAGUCACGAUGAAAUCACAAUACAGCCCGGGGACAUCAUUAUGGUUAAAGGAGAGUGGGUUGACGAGAGUCAGACGGGGGAGCCUGGCUGGCUGGGAGGGGAGCUGAAGGGGAAGACGGGCUGGUUCCCCGCUAACUAUGCAGAGAAGAUCCCCGAGUCGGACGUCCCGGCCAGUCUCAAACCAGGAGCAGGAUCCGCGCCCAAAGUGGCGGCCCGCGUCACGCCCACCAGCGCCGUGAGCGCGGGGUCCCAACCCCCUCCCGCCGAGACCCCCGCCGCCCCGCCCACGACGACAGCCGCCGGCAGCAACUGGGCCGACUUCAGCUCCACGUGGCCGUCCAACAAUUCCGAGAAGACGGAGGGGGAUGGCUGGGAUGCCUGGCCCACUCAGCCCUCGCUGACGGUGCCCAGCACUGGUCAGCUGCGCCAGAGGUCAGCCUUCACCCCUGCCACUAUCACAGGCUCCUCCCCCUCUCCAGUGCUGGGGCAGGGGGAGAAGGUGGAGGGUCUUCAGGCCCAGGCUCUGUAUCCAUGGCGGGCCAAGAAGGACAACCACCUGAACUUCAACAAGAACGACAUCAUCACUGUGCUGGAGCAGCAGGACAUGUGGUGGUUCGGGGAGGUGCAGGGGCAGAAGGGAUGGUUUCCCAAGUCUUACGUCAAGCUCAUCUCCGGGCCCAUGAGGAAAUCCAUGAGCAUCGAGUCUGGAUCCUCUGAAAGCCCCCCGAGUGUGAAAAGACCCACGCCUUCGCCCAGUAAACCCACGGACCCUGCAGAAGAGUAUAUAGCGAUGUACACUUACGAGAGCAACGAGCAGGGUGACCUCACCUUUCAGCAGGGAGAUAUGAUUCUUGUCACCAAGAAGGAGGGCGACUGGUGGACUGGUGUGGUGGGAGACAAGACGGGAGUGUUCCCCUCAAACUAUGUCAAGCCCAAGGACUCCGAGGGAAUCGGGUCAUCUGGGAAGACGGGGAGUCUGGGAAAGAAGCCAGAGAUUGCCCAGGUCAUCGCUCCGUACACCGCAACAGGAGCUGAGCAGCUGACCCUGGCUCCCGGGCAGCUCAUCCUCGUCAGGAAGAAGAACCCAGGGGGCUGGUGGGAAGGGGAGCUGCAGGCAAGAGGGAAGAAACGGCAAAUUGGCUGGUUCCCAGCAAAUUACGUGAAAUUGCUGAGCCCAGGAACGAGUAAGAGUACCCCCACGGAGCCCCCCAAACCCUCUGGACCCAGUGCAGUGUGUCAGGUGAUAGGCAUGUACGACUACGUUGCGCAGAACGAUGAUGAGCUGGCCUUCGGGAAAGGGCAGAUUAUAAAUGUCCUGAGCAAGGAGGACCCAGACUGGUGGAAGGGGGAGCUCAACGGCUCUGUGGGCCUGUUCCCCUCCAACUACGUCAAGCUGACGACUGACACGGACCCCAGCCAGCAAUGGUGCGCAGACCUGCACCUCCUGGACAUGCUGACUCCCACAGAGAGGAAGAGGCAGGGCUACAUCCAUGAGCUGAUUGUGACGGAGGAGAACUACGUCAAUGACCUGCAGCUGGUUACAGAGGUCUUCCAGAAGCCCCUGUUGGAGUCCGAGCUGCUGACAGAGAAGGAGGUGGGGAUGAUUUUUGUCAACUGGAAGGAACUGAUCAUGUGCAACAUCAAACUGCUGAAGGCUCUGCGGGUACGGAAGAAGAUGUCUGGUGAGCGGAUGCCAGUGAAGAUGAUCGGUGACAUCCUGACUGCCCAGCUGCCCCACAUGCAGCCCUACAUUCGCUUCUGCAGCUGUCAGCUGAACGGCGCCACUCUCAUUCAGCAGAAGACUGAUGAAGUGCCAGACUUCAAGGACUUUGUCAAGAGGUUAGCAAUGGACCCGCGCUGCAAGGGGAUGCCACUGUCCAGUUUCUUACUGAAGCCCAUGCAGAGAGUCACUCGAUACCCACUCAUCAUUAAGAAUAUCCUGGAGAACACUCCGGAGAAUCAUCCGGACCACAGCCACCUGAAGCAGGCGCAGGAGAAGGCGGAGGAGCUGUGCUCGCAGGUGAACGAAGGCGUGAGGGAGAAGGAGAACUCGGACCGCCUGGAGUGGAUCCAGGCCCAUGUGCAGUGCGAGGGCCUGUCUGAGCAACUGGUGUUCAACUCCGUGACGAACUGCCUGGGGCCACGCAAGUUCCUUCACAGUGGGAAGCUCUACAAGGCCAAGAGCAACAAGGAGCUGUAUGGCUUCCUCUUCAACGACUUCCUGCUGCUCACGCAGACCAUCAAACCGCUGGGCUCCUCUGGGUCUGACAAGGUCUUCAGCCCCAAGUCCAACCUGCAGUACAAGAUGUACAAGAGUCCAAUAUUUCUGAACGAAGUGCUGGUGAAGCUGCCCACAGACCCCUCUGGAGAUGAGCCCAUAUUUCACAUCUCACACAUCGACAGAGUGUACACGCUGCGAGCAGAGAGCAUCAACGAAAGAACAGCCUGGGUACAGAAAAUAAAAGCUGCCUCUGAGCUCUACAUUGAAACAGAGAAAAGGAAGAGGGAAAAGGCUUACCUGGUGCGUUCCCAGAGGGCCACAGGAAUCGGUCGACUGAUGGUGAAUAUUGUGGAAGGUAUUGAACUAAAGCCCUGCAGGUCACAUGGGAAGAGCAACCCAUACUGUGAGGUGACCAUGGGCUCCCAGUGCCACAUCACCAAGACAAUGCAGGACACGCUGAACCCCAAGUGGAACUCCAACUGCCAGUUCUUCAUCAAGGACCUGGAGCAGGAUGUGCUGUGUGUUACCGUGUUCGAACGAGAUCAGUUCUCCCCUGACGACUUCUUGGGCAGGACAGAAAUCCGGGCGGCUGAUAUCAAGAAAGACCAGGGUUCAAAGGGACCAAUCACUAAGAGGCUUCUUCUGCAUGAAGUCCCCACGGGAGAGAUUGUAGUACGGUUGGAUCUACAACUGUUUGAUGAACUAUAGGAACAGCUUUGUUUUUGAAUUCCAAGGUCUAGUGUCGUAGUUUGCAAUGUGUGUGUAUCUGCAAAAGCUGUUCAGUUCUUGUGUGAGAUAGGAUGUUUUUUUUUUACAUUUUUCUUUUUUAUAUAUAUAUAUUUUGUGCGUGAUCUUUGCUUCACACGAGGAUCAGACAUCCUUCUGUUAGCUCAGGCUUUUUUUGGACUGCAAGUCAUUAGCGUGACCUCAACAAAGCAUGAGCAAUCACUUCUUAACUGCAACAUGAAGAUUUGGAGCAAAUUGCUAUAAAACACACAUUGGUUUAUGUUAUGAAGAAUGAAGAAAAAACACGUAGGCUUUUCCUAUUAGUGAAGAACUGUAAAACCCCACAACAGUCCACUUUUCAAUGUGUACCACACACAAAAAAGAAAACAAUUUCAUCUGAGUUUUUUAUUUCACAUAUUAUAUAAUCUUUAUUAGUCUUAAGAACGUUUUUACCAUUUGUUUCUGUCACAUUCAUAUUUGGUUAUCUCUCAUGAAUUGUGUGAAUUGCAGGGAACUAAAAAAGAUUAUUACAGAAUGUUACAAGGUACAUAGUCAGCAGAAAGACAUUAGAGCUUAGAGUAUGAACAAGGAGUAUUUUUAAGAAAUAAGGGUGUAAUUAUAUUUUACCACAAUGUUUUAAACUAUCUGCUGUCAUCACACGUCACCUGGCAAAAUUCAUUUAUGUGUUAACGAGACUGUAGUCCUAAUCCUAAAUGUAUUUAUUGAAAUAUUUAUUUAUUGCAUGAAGGUAUUGAUUGAUGCAGGGUACUUGUGCAGGAAAGAGAUUCAGGUGAAUUAGAGGUGCCCAUCAAUGAGGGUCCAGAGGUUCUACAGCAAGGCCUUUCGCAUCUGUUGAUGCGUCUCUGUUCUGCUCUUGGGGUCCUUUGAUCUGCACUGCCGCACAAAAACACUAUACAUAUUUGUGUGGAAACAUGUGGUCUCAGCAAUGUUAAAGGAAAGACGGCACUGAAUAUUUUCUUUCUUUUUUUAGAAACAAAGAAAUGCUUUUAUCAAAGCAACAGAAAAGGACACUGGUGCAUGACUAGAUAAUGACUAGAUUGUGUGUUUUGGGCUUAUUUUUUUUCAAGGGUCAGCAAAAUUUAGAGGAAAGGUGACAAUUCCUGUUGAAGGCUAAUACAUAAAGACUACUUUUAUUCUGAAAAAUGAAGGCGUAGGUACAGUACUUACAGAAAGGAACAUGGAUUUUGGGGGGGGUUGGUAUGAUUAGCUGCAUAUAUGUAGAUUUCAGUCUUGAUUCCAUUGAAACUGAAAGUAUUCCACAGCAGAUACUUAAAGAACUUGAACAUUGCCAUGUGCUUUUACCUUAUAUAAAUUCCUAUGUUUUGAAUUUCUGAUUUUUUAGAAGACAUGAUGUCACAUCCAAUUCAUGCAUAGUUAUUUGCUGUUAUAAACAAAUAGGUUUGGGGAAAAUCACCACUAGUGAUUUGCUUAUACUGCCUCAAUUCCCUGUAUAGCAUUCCACUGGGGUUGGAUUCCACACAGUGGGAAUCAGCAGUCAGACUAGAAUGUCUGUGUUGCUACUGUGUUUAGACUUGGUUUAUAAAUGUUAUUAGGUUUAACAUCAAUCCUAGCUUUUCUUAGUGCUAGGUUGCUGGUCUAUCAUGCCUGCCAUCACUCCCUCUGCCUUUUUCAUGUGGAACUCCUUUCAGUAGUACUAUUUAGAAUCAUUUAAAUCUUUGGUUUGGUGUUAAGUCCUCUGCUUAGGUUUGAAGCUGAGGCUCAGAAAGCUGCAAUUUUGUUCUGUGGUAAACUAAUGAUGACAUAUUUUGUCUUAGGUUCAGUAACGAUAGGAAUAAAAAUGUGACAAGACACUCCAGAAAAUCAUUAUCAAUUGCUAAAAUAUUUAUUUAAAGAAAGAUAUCAUUUUACCUCAUUUCAAGAAACUAUUCAAAUGGAUGUUGUAAUGGAAUUUGAAGUCUGCAGGGUGUUUCUUAUUUUUAUUACAUUGAUUAUUAUUUGCGUAACAGAUAAAACAACACAAAAUGUCUUGUAUUUUAAAAUAUGUAUACUUUUCAUUUAGUUUCACACCUGAAGUAACACAAAAACAACACAAAUACACUUUUGUGAGGCAUUUGAUUUUAAUGAAACCUGGCAGUUCAGUUUGAAUGAAUGCUUCCCAAAAUUUCUCAGAAAGCUUGUAAGAAACAUUUGAAUAUCCAUCUGUCAUUUGGCACUUAUUUUUCUUUACUGUAAAUGUCAAUGAAGGCAUUCUGAAUGAAUCUAAAUUGUUACUUGUAUAAUGAUAUAUAUAUUGUAUAACAUUGCGCCUUUUCUUUUUUAGAACUUCCUUCUAGCUUACUACUGAAAGUACCAGUGGGUACUGAUGUGAUUGUGACAGAAGAGUGGAUUUUGAAGCACUGAAUUAAUUUUGAUAGCUUUGUAAGUCAAAAAAAGGACAAAUGAUAGUUAUUUAAAUCUUGAGAAAGACUUAGAAUCACAAGCAUUAUAUAACUUUGUUCAUGAGUCAUACUGAUUUAGAUCAAUUGGAUAUUUUAGAAUGUUUAUUUAAUGUGAUGUAUGUGUGUAUUUGAAAGCCUCAUAAUGUAAAAUGUGACAUUUAAUAUUACAAUAGGAUAAUUAUAAGAGUUUUGGAAUGUUUAUAGGGUGUCUUUUUUUAGAAAAAAUGCAGGUUAAUCUACUUAUUUUUGACAAAAUGUGAAAUUAAGUUUAUUUUUUUAUACACAAGUUUUUUUUUAUUUUGGAUGAUUGUGCUGUUUGGACAAGAAGGUAUUUCUGUAGCUUUAUAAAAACAGCAAAGCUGUUUGACUUCAUUGAUUCGCCGACUCUUGUUUGAUUCUCGUCAGCGGGGUGAGGUAAUCGAGGUCUGACGUCACAGUGUCUUGCUGUGACAAUUAGACUUAAUAUAUUUGCCAAGAAACAGUAUUUUUGAAUUUGUGAUCUGUAGUAUGAACUGAACUUUUAUUCCUCAAAGGGAAAAAAGUACUGCAGUUUAAAUGUUUUUUUCUUACACAGUAUGAAAUACUGGAGGACCUGUUUUUGUAACAUAUUACAAACACUUAGGAAGCUUUAAAUUGCACUACAAAAAAAGAAGCAAUUUGAGGGAACAUUUGCCUCUUUUUUUUAAUACCAAGAGACUUUCUUUACACAGUGGCUCCAUAUCCUUUCUACAAACAUGAGUUAUUCCUUUCUUUUACAAAUACAAUGUUUAGGACAUUUCUUAGUAUUAAGGUAAAUCAGCUCAGACUUGCUUACUGGUGUUUCAGAAGCUGUUAUUUCAGCUUGUUUCUUUCAGUGUCCUGCACUUGCUUCUUCUUGUGCUUAGCAGGCUUGUUCUUGUGGAUAUCCUUUGCUGCAUUGCCUUUUCUAUGCCCAGCCUUCCUUUGUGAGCAAACGUCCCAUCUGAUCCACUUUCUAGUACGAAAGCUGUGAGUUAAGGCAGUCAGUUGAGGGCAGCGUUGCAGACAAGACGGCUGGGCCUAAUGUUGGUUCAGCAUCCCGAGCCACACUGCAAGGAGGAAUCACCACUGUUGUUCAGCUUGGCUGACCCAGUAGAAUUAAACUAGUCAAGUUUUCUACCUGGAGCCUACAGUUCCUAGACAGCACGGUUUAGUAAUCUGAUUGCACCACGAGUCUGCUUCACAUGGUCUUGAAGCACCUUUUAAACCUCAAAGUCCAGGGCUAGAGACCUGCUGGUGAGCAGAAGAAAAGGUUGGUGUGAUGAAUAACCUUGGCCUUCCAGUUUUAAGGCUCAGCCUCUGUAUAAAAUCAUUUCUGAACUUAAGGAAAGGGCUUUAUGUGAAUGGCAACAGCUUUUGCAGAAACGCCGUUGCUCUAACUUUUUGUGUCAAACUAGUUUGUAGUGGAGUGUUUCAGUUUCUGUUGAACUGCUCCAUUACCCAAUCCUCCGAGUUAAGCCUGGGAACGGGCAACACAGUAGAGUCUUGUUCUCCCAGUGCGAAGUUUCAGACACUCCCUUGCUGGUUUGUGCUGUAUCACAGUAGUGCACAUAAUUUUUGUUGCCAAUCAUGUUUUUUUUUAUUUAAAGAAUAAGCAUAUUACAUGUGGUUAUAUUCAAAUCUAAAAGUAUACAGAGAAUUGAUUCAUAUAAUGGUGUAAGAAUGUACUGUCUUAAAUGUUUAAAAAUGAUAAAAAGACAGGCGAGGAAAACUGUGGAAGUACUCUUUGGUGGGAGAAGAGGGGUGUUGGAGAGGGAUGUCUCCUUUUCAAAAUUGAUCUUCAGGGGAGAUCAAGUUUGUAUUAUUUGAAGUUUGUACAUAAUAAUAGCUCUCAAUAUCAUUUUUUUCAAAACCCACAAAGCAUGCAAUUGCUUUUAUUUUUUUUAAUAUAGUAUAACGAAGAGUGUCUGAUCCCUGGUUCUAUAACGAUGCCAUGUAAAACCUAGUGUGCGGUACUGUAAUGUAAACCUGUCAAGAGACCCUUAUUAAAGGACUUCCUUUCUUUAACAUGCAUUUUUUUUUUGUUGG